AUGGCCAUUCCCCUAACGCGAUUAGGAGGCGGAGCCUUCAACCAUAGUCCGAGCAAUGACGCCGAAGCCGAAUAUGACCGGCUCCGAGACUUGGCGCGGGCGGAAGCCGCGAAACGGAACAGCUGUUUCGACCGGGCGCACCAGGCAUACGAGCGCGGCGACGGCGCCGAGGCCAAGGAGCUGAGCAACGAGGGCAAGCGGCACGCCGCUAAGAUGGACGAGUACAACCGCCAGGCCAGCGAGUACAUCUUCCGGGAGAACAACGCCACGGACCGCGUCACCGACGACACCAUCGACCUGCACGGUCAGUUCGUCGAGGAGGCCGAGGACAUCCUUGAGCGCCGCAUCCGCUAUGCUCAGCAGCACGGGCAGACGCAUCUCCACGUCAUCGUGGGCAAGGGGAACCACAGCACCGACCACGUGCAGAAGCUCAAGCCCCGCGUGGAGCAGGUGUGCCGCGAGCUAGGGUUGCAGUACGCGACGGAGGAGAAUGCGGGUCGUAUCUACGUCAACCUUCAAGGCGGCGAGGCCGUAAUGCCACCGCUCCCCCAACAGCCGUCGGCCCAGCACGGCGAUCACGGGCACGGCGGUGGACAGCCACAACAUCACCAGGGGGGUCGGCCGCAGCACCAUUCCCAGCAGCAGCAGCAUCACCAGGAACAGGAACAGCCCGACGAACUGGAGCGGCUGCUGUCGAAGUUUGUGCGCAAGCUGGGAGAUUGUUGCGUUGUUAUGUGA